GAACAGAUUGCACACAAGCAAUCAUGGCGACGCUGGAUUCGUUUGUCCGUACGUCCAAGCCUCCACCAGCCCCUCUGGGAACCUCUCAGGAGGUCAGGGAUCGAGGAUCCAUCUUCGUAGCCAACGCAUUCCGGGCUGGCAGCGAGGAAGAGGCGCGUAGGGCCGUUAGCUACCUCAAGCGUGUGACGCAUGGGCAGAAACGCGCGACACACGAGAUGUAUGCAUGGAGGUGCAUGGUAGUGAAGCAGGGCAAGACUGGGUUGGGUGGUGAGGACGAUUUUGAGGUGAAGCAAGGUAAUGAGGAUGAUGGCAAGAAGUUAGGGGGUGCGAGGAUUAUGAAGACCAUGCAAGCGGAGAGGGUAACCGAUGCAGUCGUCGUCGUUAGCCAAUGGUUCGGCGGAGAGAUGCUCGGUCCGGUCAGAUUCGAUCACAUUGAAAGGUGUGCCCGUGAGGCUUGUCGAGCCUUCAAGCUGCGAAAUGAGGUCGAAGAGGAAGUCGCCGCGCUCCGCUCACUGGAUGACAUCCUUGCAACUCUUCGCUCUGAGCUGUCAGCUUUGAAGGAGCAGUCGAAAGAGGCGAAGACAACUAUCAAAAAGCCCGACUACGACGCCUUGCUCACCGCUUCAGACGUAAACAAAGUCAAGCGUCUUGUUACUGCACGAGAGAAGGCAAUACAAAGUGUCAAGGCGUCCAUACAGAGGACAAAGGCGCAGCAGAAUCAGAAUGAUCCUGUUAGUGCUAGGGAAGGUGCCAACUGAAGGUCAUACGGUCCAGCCUGACAUGAAAUCUGGCUGCUCAGGAAGAGCAGCGCACACAAGCGCACCUGCCAACUCUCCACAAACCAUGUGGCAACUUCAGCUCCUGACCCUAGUUGCAUCCCAAAGAUUCUCCUGACACAACGGGUACUAUCUGCGCAUUCUAGUACAUCGUAGAGCGUGCUGAAAGAAAUCAUUCAAAC